AUGGGCCCAACGGCUGUCAACUCAGCAGGGCGACCAUUAACCACCCUGCUGCUCACCAUCGCCAAUCUUCUGAUUCCGGUAUCUAUUCUCAUAUUCGCCACCGGAUUCUUCCCAUACAAGCCGUUUCUGCCCGGCUUGGCUGAGUUUGAAGUCCUCGAGUCUGGGCCGCCCCCUCCGGCGCCGUUUGACAAGCUUGUCUUUGUGGUGAUAGAUGCCCUUCGAAGCGAUUUUGUGUAUGCCCAUGGUUCUGGUUUCGAAUACACGCAAAGCCUUAUUCGCGAUGGCGCAGCCAUUCCCUUCACGGCCUACGCUCGCUCGCCAACAGUGACGAUGCCCAGAUUGAAAGCCAUCACUACCGGCUCAAUCCCGUCUUUUGUAGACCUCAUUCUCAACAUCGAUGAAGGGGACAAAUCCUCGGCCCUCGCCGCACAGGACACCUGGUUGGCACAGCUCAAGGCAAAGGACACGGGAAAGCUGCUCAUGUACGGCGACGAUACGUGGUUGAAGCUUUUUCCCGACUUUUUUGAUCGCCAUGAUGGAACAUCCAGCUUCUUUGUUACUGACUUUACAGAAGUCGACAACAAUGUGACUCGCCAUAUUAACGGCGAGCUGCAAAAUGAGGACUGGUCGCUCAUGGUACUUCAUUAUCUUGGACUCGAUCAUAUCGGUCAUAAGUCCGGGCCCAGGAGUUCCAAUAUGUUUCCCAAGCAACAAGAGAUGGACUCCAUCGUUCGCACAAUCUACGACUCCAUAUCAUCCAAGAAGCACUUGGAGUCGACACUGCUGGUAGUCUGCGGCGACCACGGAAUGAACGACGCCGGAAACCAUGGAGCAUCAUCCCCCGGCGAAACCUCCCCUGCCCUGCUCUUCCUAUCCCCCAAGCUCAAAGGCGUCGCACCAGCCACCUACGAGUCCCCUGCACUCCCCGGGGACGAGUUCGACUUUUACUCCCAGGUCGAGCAGUCGGACAUCGUGCCGACCGUCGCGGCUCUCCUCGGCUUCCCCGUGUCUAAGAACAACCUGGGCGCCUUCAUCCCCGAGUUUCUCCCAUUCUGGCCGCGGCCCCGUGAUAAGAUUCAGAUUCUCGUCCGCAACGCCCGUCAGAUUCUCAACACCGUCACCGCCGCUUUUGGGCCGGAGCUCUUCGACGUGGCGUCGACGGAGGAUCCCUGCCAGCUGGAGCCUACGGACAUCAACGAGCUUGCGUGCGACUGGCGAUGGAUCACCCAGCGGGCGCAGAGCCUCAAUGCUGAUGAUGCAAUUGACCAGGAGUGGUUGACGGCUACGUCCCGGUGGAUACGCAAGGCGCAGGAACUGAUGAGCAGCAUGGCGUCCAACUACGAUAUGCCGCGUCUCUACGCCGGGCUUGGACUCGGCAUAGCAGCCGUCAUCGCCGCGAUGGUGGCGGCCUCCAAAGGGGAUUUACUCUGGUCUCCAACAGCACGGCCACUCUUGCUCAUCUCCUUCUCGUACGGCGCCAUGAUGUUUGCGAGCAGUUACGUUGAGGAAGAGCACCACUUCUGGUACUGGACUGUCACCCUCUGGCUGACAUUCCUCGGAAUCAAGGCCAUCCGACGCUCCGGCAAGUUCUCAUCCUCCGGCGGGUACCUCGUCGCGCUCCUCGCCGUCCGCAUCACGCGGAGCUGGAACCAGACGGGCCAAAAGUUCGCCGGUGAGCCUGACAUCGUCAAGCUCUUCGUGCACCGGUACCCCGCGGCCCUGUGGAUCGCCGUCAUCGCCAUGUACGGCGUCACCUGGGCUCAGAUGCUGCCGAGCCUCGAGGGCAUCCCUUUCAUCGCCGCCACGUCUGUCACCUCGGUCCUCAUCUCCUCCGCGUUCACGUUCAAGCUGGCCUUUACCACCGCCGACGCGCCCGAGCUCGUCGUCGGAUUCACCAGGACGCUCCACGACAAGUUUGAGGGCCAGUCGCUGCUCUGGCGCGCUCGCAUCGUCUUCCUCGUCCUUGGUCUGCUUGCCAGCUUUGCGAUUGUUCGUGGUGUCUCCGGCCGUAGACGACAACCAAGAGCAGCCUCACGUGUUUUGCACGAGCUCUUAACUCUCUUCGUCAUGACCCAGUCCCGCGCCGCCAACAUACCCAUCUUCCUCCUGGCGCACAUCAUCUACUGCGCCAUCGACGCCCGCCAGAUGACGCUGGCCGAGAUCACGACGUCCUCCAUCCUUCUCCAGUACGUCAGCUUCUUCGCCGCCGGCGGGUCCAACGCCAUCUCCUCCGUCGACGUCUCCAGCGCGUACAACGGCGUCGCCGACUUCAACGUCGCCGCCGUGGGCGUCCUCACCUUUGUCGGCAACUGGGCCGGCCCCAUCUACUGGGCCUCGGCUGCCACCGCCCUCCUCCUGGACAAGCACCACGCCGGCGGCGAGCGCGGCGUCUUCCGCCAGCACGUGGCGCUGCUGGCCGUCUUCGCCACGGCGUCUGCGGCGUUCGUCAUGGCGGCGUGCAUCGCCAUGCGCACGCACCUCUUCAUCUGGACUGUCUUCUCGCCGAAAUACCUGUACGCCAUGGCCUGGAACAUUGCGCAGCAUCUCGUGGUCAACAUUGGAUUAAGUGGCGCUCUUUUCUGGCUCGGCACUCGCAAAGCGCAGUAG